AUAAAAAUGAGUGACGACGAUGACUUUAUGCUUGAAGACGAAGAAGAUUAUGAUUUUGAAUAUGAAGACGAUGAAGACCAAGAUGAACCCGAUGUCGAUUUAGAAAACAAAUAUUAUAAUGCAAAAGCUAAAAAGGAAGAUGAUCCUCAAGAAGCUCUUGCAGAAUUUCAAAGCGUAGUAGAUACAGAAGAAGAAAAAGGCGACUGGGGCUUUAAGGCUUUAAAGCAAAUGAUCAAGAUAUCAUUUCAACUUGACAAGUUGGAUGAUACAUUAAAAUAUUAUUGUCAGUUGUUAACUUAUGUCAAAUCAGCCGUGUCAAGAAAUUACAGCGAAAAGAGCAUCAACAACAUAUUAGAUUAUGUAUCCUCUACAGAAAAUACAUCAUUUAUGGAGAGAUUAUAUGAGACGACCCUAGAUUCAAUGAUCGAAACAAAAAAUGAAAGAUUAUGGGUCAAAAUCAACCUAAAACUAGCAAAACUAUGGUUGGAUAGAAAGGAAUAUGGCAGAUUGAGCAAAAUAUUGAAUCAGUUGCAUGUUGCAUGUCAAAAGGAUGAUGGAACAGAUGAUCAAAGAAAAGGAACGCAUCUAUUAGAAAUACUCGCGCUGGAAAUCCAAAUGUGUACAGAAACCAAGAAUAACAAAAAGCUAAAAGAACUGUAUCAGCAAUGUUUAUCUGUUAAAUCUGCUAUACCACAUCCUCGUAUCAUGGGUGUCAUUAGAGAGUGUGGUGGUAAAAUGCAUAUGAGUGAAAAACAAUGGGAUGCUGCUCAGAUGGACUUUUUUGAAUCAUUUAAAAAUUAUGAUGAAGCUGGUAGUCCACAGCGUAUACAAGUGUUGAAAUACCUUGUAUUAGCCAACAUGUUGACAGAAUCUCAGAUCAAUCCAUUUGAUUCUCAAGAAACCAAACCGUAUAAAAAUGAUAAAGAGAUAGAAGCAAUGACAAACCUGGUCGGUGCUUUUCAAAGAAAAGAUAUUGUUGAAUUUGAACAAAUAUUAAAAGCAAACCAUAAUGCAAUCAUGGGUGAUCCUUUUAUUCGUGCCUAUAUUGAUGACGUCCUGAGAAAUAUUCGAACACAAGUAGUCAUUAAAUUGAUCAAGCCUUAUACACGCAUUGAUAUAAACUUCAUAUCAAAGCAAUUGAAUAUACCAGAAGAUGAAGUUGAAGAAUUACUCGUAGGGCUUAUUCUAGACGACAGAAUAUCAGGGAAAAUUGAUCAAGUGAAUCGUCGGCUUGAGCUCGAAAGGAGAACUACGGAUGCACAUAAAUAUGAAGCAUUGGCUGCCUGGUCAGAGAAUGUAUCUAGUCUAUGCAAAACAGUGUUGUCGAAAGCUACAUAAUAAUAAAAA